AUGGUUGGGUCGAGGGCGGCUGGCCAGCGGAUUUGCCGACAGUCGCUGUUCGAGACAGCAUCGCCCACGAUCAUGGAGCACGGAACCGCAUCGGAACCGUCGCUGGCAUCGCCACGGCUGGGGUAUACAUCUGCCACGCCAAUAGCACGAGCACCAACGCCUGCUGCCGUGCCAUUCACGUAUCACCCGGACCCGAAGUCAUGGCAAGACGCCGAGGCCGACUGCGUCACACGCGGUACGCACUUGGCCACCAUCUGCUCACAAGCAGACUCCGAUGCAGUGGCCGCACUCAGUGGCUCCGCAGCUGUCUGGAUCGGCCUGAACGACAAAGGGACCGAAGGAACGUGGGUAUGGGCUGGUGGGUCAACUUGCUCCUACCGCAACUGGGCCUCCCGUGAGCCGAACGGCGCGUGGGGCACUAACGAGGAUGCAGUCGAAGUGUAUGGCUUCGGGCACUCAAGUGCUGGCAAGUGGAACGACAAGUCUGGCACUGCGAACUCGAGAGCCUACCCGUCAGAGUUGUGA